AUUCAAACGAAAGUAGAUAAUGAUUUAUAUUUCCAUUUGUGCAUAAUAGUUACUACUGUUGGACAAAUGUGAAUCCAUGAACUGAUGCGGAAGAAAAGACCGUCAUGCACCGGGUUUGUAGUUCAACUGAAGCUCAAGACUAGUCGUCUGGCAACGGCUACAGCUAACCAAAAAAACUACAACCAGCCUCACGCGACACCAGCUGAGUGGAUAAACCUCGCCCACUGUGCCGUGUUUUGCUCUGGGCUACAGUUUUGUCAUGCAUAAAACUUCCGUGAAUGAGAUACAACAACAGAGAAGCGUUACAUCGACUAACUAAACUAAUAAUCUGAUAAAUCCGUUUCCAACGGUUGGCUAUUUGGCCUCGACCACCCUAUGCGUCCCCAGCAGAGCUAAUCUGUGACCUACCUUGUACUUUGGCUACGGAAUGAGAGGAUCACCUGCCGAACCUGCUAACCGGCUAAGCUAGCUCCUACUAGUGGUUGUUGUGCUUGUUUUGUGACAUUAUUUCAUACUGUUCCUAUCACGUCGUCCUGCUUCGAGGUGUUCUGCCUCCGGCAGGGUCCGAGGGGCCGCUUGUAGGGCAUCUCUACCAAUCUGAGGGGGAAUACAUGUGUUAAAGACACACACACACACACACACACACACACACACACACACACACACACACACACACACACACACACACACACACACACACACACACACACACACACACACACAGCCAUUGAUCAAUCAAGGAUGACCAUGGAAGACAUCAAGAAUGAAGUGCAAACAACCUCAAUGGUUCCGAUGGCGCUGUACACCGUGAUGUAUCCUGUUUUUAACCAGUUGGAGAAAGUCAAUUUAUCGGCCGCCCAGACGUUGAGAGCAGCCUUUAUCAAAGCCGAGAAGGAGAAUCCCGGACUCACCCAGGACAUCGUCCUAAAGAUUCUAGAGAAGAAGAACCUAGAAAUCAACUACGCAGAGUCUCUCCUUCGCAUGGCUACAGAAGACGUAGAAGAGUUCCUGAUUGACAGGCGGGAGCCAGAGUUCCAGGAGCUGAACGAGCGGGCCAGAGCUCUGAAGCACAUCCUGAGCACCAUUCCGGAUGAGAUCAACGACAGAGUGCGCUUCCUGCAGACCAUCAAAGACAUCGCCAGUGCCAUCAAGGAGUUAUUGGAUACAGUUAACACGGUCUUCAGGAAAUACCAGUAUCAAAACAGACGGGCUCUGGAACAGCAAAAGAAAGAGUUUGUCAAGUACUCCAAGAGCUUUAGCGACACGCUCAAAACCUACUUCAAAGAUGCAAAGGCGAUAAACGUGUUUGUCAGCGCCAACCGACUCACCCACCAAACCAACAUGAUACUGCAGACCUUCAAGACGGUGGUGUAGGAGCUCAAAUACGCACGCACACAUACACACACAGACAGACACAUUGACACACAGAAACAUGGACACACACACACACACACACACACACACACACACACACACACACACACACACACACACACACACACACACACACACACACACACACACACACACACACACACACACACACACACACACACACACGUUGAGGUUUUUUUUUAUGAUUAGAAACUAGAAGAAGCUUUUAGAAAUUGUAAGGGUAUUUUAUUUUAUGGGGUGUAUAAUUUAUAAUUCUUUAGCUUUGAGAAAUCAGGUAGUAAAGGUUCAAAGUGAGUUAGUUUGAAAAUAAUUGCCAGGGCAUUUUAACUUUCUUUAGGCUGUCCCUUUAAAAAGAAAUCUAUUUUCGUAUGUCCAUGCUGCACCUUUCCUGCACAAGCUGCUCCAGUCUGUUAGGAGUUCCUUUUUUUUGCAAUCAUAACCAGUUUGGGGAUAAGCAGUUGAUAGUUUACCUCCGGAAAGCUUAGAGAAGGAAGGGACAGAUGGUCAACGGUAAUGUAAUAAUUUAAAUUUAAUAAUUUAACUUACUCGAAAACCGUCUUUUCUGGUCAAAUUCAGAUGAUUAUAUAUUUCUGGGAUUGUACUUUUAUUUGAAAUUCUAAUAUAUUUUCUACCAAACAGAAAAAAUAAAAGUUCAUAAGAUUAACAAUUAUGAAAAAUAAGACAAAGAAAUAGAGCAUUUUUUAAAUGAGAAGAUUGUGAUGAGAACUGCAUUAUGUCUGGCAAAAGCUUGCUAUUUAGUUACUACUGUCCAUUUCUCACACCAGGUUAAAUACAUAAUAUACAAUUGACUGAAUUAAAUUAAAAUGAUUAUGAUAUAAUUAUGAUUCCCAACAAUAUUGCAAUGGCUAAUCUGCUGUAAUACUUUUUGUGGCCCAAUAUUUCUAUUUUUAUACAGCCAGCCAUUUAAAUAUAAAUACAGCAGGUUUGUCUUGGUGUGUAGUCAUUUUAUUGGGAGCUGCUUUCUUUUAGCCAGUGAGAACUUUCAAAGUUCAACAGAAUUGUACUUUACAACAAAAUUGAAUGUACAUACUUUUUCUUCAUUCCUGUAACUCAAGAAACUGUUUUAAUCUACUACCUAUUUUAGCCCUGUAAAAAUGGGCACAGGCACAUUCCUUUAACCAAAUGUAAAUAAAUCAUUGGGAUCUGAGCUUAUUCUCCUCGUUCACUCUAGACCUUGGGCAGUCCGACACAUCACUUGUGUUGAACAAAUGCUUAGGAGGCUGCUCAAACCGUUCCAAAUAAAACGAGUCUCAACGUUUGAGAUGAGAUCUUUAAAAACAAAUAAAAAAAACCUGCUUCCUUUU